UAGUUACGUAUGAGCAUAAAUUUCCAAAUACACAAACCGUUAGCUCGCCGACCAAAAUUGAGCUUCCCCCUUAUCUUCUCUAUAACUUUCUCAUCUCAACUCUUCUUUGUACGUCAUUUCCUCUCUGGAACUCUGUACUUUUAUUACUAUGGUGCAUUCAAAGAAGUUCAGAGGAGUUAGGCAGCGUCAUUGGGGUUCUUGGGUAUCCGAAAUCCGACAUCCUUUAUUAAAGAGGAGGAUCUGGCUAGGGACAUUUGAAACAGCAGAAGAAGCGGCUAGAGCAUAUGAUCAAGCUGCAAUUUUAAUGAGUGGUCGAAAUGCUAAAACCAACUUCCCGAUAAAUCAAGACCCGAACCCUAGCGAGCCUUCAUCAUCUACUAAUGCUGCUAGUUGUUAUCAGUCAAAUGGUUUAUCUGAAAUCCUUCACGCUAAGCUUAGAAAGUGUAGCAAGGCACCAUCGCCGUCGAUGACUUGUUUAAGACUUGAUACUGAGAAUUCCCACAUUGGGGUAUGGCAAAAACGUGCAGGACAGCGCUCUGAUUCUGACUGGGUCAUGACUGCACAGCUUGGAAACAGAGACCACCAGGAGGGUUCUGAUAGCACAUUGGCAUCAGGUGAAUCCUCAAAAACACUACCGGUGCCGGAGUUGAAAUCGGAGAUGGAUGAAGAAGAGAGAAUUGCAUUGCAGAUGAUAGAAGAGCUUCUUAACCGGAACUGCCCAAGCCCAUCCUUUGGAGUUCAAGAUGAGGAUGGUAGCUUUUUUCUUUAGUCUAUAAUA